CAGAGUUCAGUAUGUGGUAAAAUUAUGGAACAAUUGGGCCAACAGUCUGUCCUUGAGCAUAAUCGAAGAGUAACUAUUAUAAGUCAAGACAGCUUCUAUCGAGACCUCACUCCAGAAGAACACAAACGCGCUGACAAAGGAGGAUAUAAUUUUGAUCAUCCUGGUAAUUUCUUUUACUCCAUCUCGGGUCCGACCUUGCCGCCGAGUGUUUACAUUUUAUUUGGGACUUAAAUGCAUUAAGAAAAGUUAGUUCAGAGAAAGAAAAAUCAUCUGGCGACAUAUGGAUGAUACAAAAGGAUUCUAGUGCUGGGGAGCCAGCAAAGAAUUUUGUGUGGGAUUAUGUCAUCAGCUUCAGGUUGUUCUCCACUGUGGAUAGAAAUAGAUUGAUGAAUAGUAUCACGUAUUUUCCCAGACAUGUUUUCAAUGUUUAUGUUUAGCUUGAGACCGUUGCUUCAAGACGUAAGUGUUUAAGUCUAUUGCAAGACAACAAGCUCAGAAAUACCUUGAUAAUAAUAAUAAAGUUCAUUUGGAAAUCACGCUUCAUCCCCAAAGGCUCGAAGUGCGGUACAAAGCCAACCAUAAAAGAAAAAUGAAAAAAAUCUAUAUUUUACCACAUUGAAAUACAAAACGCAACAUUACAAAAACUACAUACGAGAAUACCCAUUCUAAGUCUUUCAUCCCUUGCAAACAUAAGCAACACAGGCAAAUCUAGGAGAUAAUAGCUAGCUGGAAAAGAUGGUAGACACCAUCACCCCAGCAGGUGUUUGCAAAAUAGAUGUGUUUUCAAUUUUGUUUUGAAAGACUCCAGUGUCUGACUGUUUCUGAGAGCGUCAGGAAGUUCGUUCUUGAUAUACUAUGUUAUUUAUAUGGAAAAAUUACCCCUGGGUAAUUUAUCUAAAAAAUUACCUAUCUAAAAAAUUAACCAUUGAGUGAGACAGCAAAGAACCUUAACACUUUCUUACUAUUGAGCUUUUUUAUCAAAUCUUUCACAGACGCCUUUGACGUAGAAUUGAUGCGUAACACUCUGCUUGAUGUAAAAGCUGGCAAAAAAGUAGAACUGCCUAAGUGGGAUUAUGUUGCUCAUAAAAGGUAGUCUUUCAAUAGUUUAAACAUAUCAUUAGAUUAGACGUAUUCAUUUAGGUAAUCUUUCAAUAAUUUAAACUUAUCAUUAUAUUAGACGUAUUCAUUUAGGUAAUCUUUCAAUAGUUUAAACUUAUCAUUAGAUUACACCCAUUCAUUUAGGAAUAAUAAUUUCCUUGGAUUAUUAUUUAAAUUAAAAGAGGCUCUAUUUACAAUGCAAAUGUUUUUGAAUGAUUUGUUGAUGAUAUUACCUAAGAAAAUAGCACACUACUUUAAACAAAAAUUCUGCUUAAUUUCAUUUUUAAAAAUGUAUUGCGGCUUUUUUACCUUACCACUAGUCAUUCAGGCUUUCAAUUUGAUGGCUUCUAAACCGUAGCACUAAUUAUUCAGGCCGUCAUUUUCCCGCAGUUGAUGUCUUUGGGCAGGUUUAAAUUUAGGAAUGGGUUUCCAAUCAAAGUAAAAAACUAAUCAAUGUAAACUUUGAUUUUAGUCCUUUUAUCGAAUUCCCUUACCGGGAUUUUUAAAAAAACGAAUAAAAUAUUUUAAAAUGAUUGUAGUCGUUGAACAAGGUUUUGUAUUAAACAACUAAUUAUUUUCUUGAACAUGAAAUUUUAUUAAGCAAAUAAUUCAAAGAUUAUACAUUGUAACCCUUUUUUUAAUACCCCAAAAGAAUCUAAAUAUGUGAAACCAUUGCUAUCGCUUAUACUAAAAUCACAUAAAGGACACAUUAAAUUAUUUGAUGCAUUCAUCUUUAUCAUCUAAUACUCAUUGCCGUAUGCAUGGAAGAUCAUUAAAUUGCAGAACAGCCGAAGGAAUAACUGUUAUACACGGCGCAGAUGUUGUCCUGUUUGAAGGGAUCCUAGUCUUUUACUUCCCGGAGAUACGGGAUCUGUUCAACAUGAGGUUGUUUGUUGACACAGAUCCGGACACGCGACUGUCACGACGAGGUAGGACUUGUCCAUACUAUCUUUUAAAUGUUAACUUUGAGUUUCUGCCCAGAACAUUAUUACCAGUGACAUAAUACAUUAUUGUUAGUGACAUUAUACAUUAAACUAGUCACAUAAUACAUUACUAGUGACAAUACAUUAUUAGUAAUGAAACAAUACAUUAUUAUUAGUUGCCAAAUACAUUAUUACUAGUGACAUAAUACAUUAUCACUAGUGACAUGAUACAUUAUUACUAGGGACAUAAUACAUUAUUACUGGAGGUUCACCACUUUUCAUAGAUCCAUCUUAAGGCAUUGCAUGAGAGUUAAAGCUUUGAAACUAGAAUUACAAAUAGCUGUACCAUAUUAUAAAAGUACAUUGCACAUAGAAAUUUUAGAGUAGAAAUUUUAUAUGAAUUUUUAUUUUUUUCUUAUCUUUGGCUCUAAAUGUUUUCGUUGAUUUACUGUAAUUGAAUCCACUGUUCAGUAUCGUCUUUCAAGAGUUGAGUUUUUAAAACGAACAGAAAUAAUUUAAUGACAUUGACAACUCUAUAUUAUUACAUUUUUUCUUCACUAGUAUUACGUGACAUAGAGGAAAGGGGUAGAGAACUCGACCAGAUUCUAAAUCAGUACAUGACCCUGGUUAAACCAGCAUUUGAGGAGUUUUGUUUACCUGUAAGUCUCUGUUAUGAAACGGUUCUUACCAAGUUCUUUAGCUUUGCUUUGUCUAGGGGUUAUUAUAUUAAUUACACAAACCAUUGAUUAUUAGAAUAAAGUACUGUAUAUUUAUUAACUCAACUAAACUACAUUGUCAACUGCCAUUACUCCAUCACCACAAACUCUACAACAACAAUACGUCAUUUCCCGUAAUGCACAAUACGUGACAAAGUACCAAACAUUUAAUAUUAACAUCUACCCAAAUACUCUCCAAAAACACGCAAUCACAAUAUACAUUCAAGUUCUUAACAGUCUUGAUAAUGUCAACCAAUGACCAGAUUUUUUACCGUGUCUCUAUUUUAAACUUUUAAACAUGUUAGAGUUAAAUGAGAACUGAAGUAAAGGAAUAAUAUAUUUGAGAUUUACUGGAGAGUUUUAAGCCUUCAUUCAUUUUUUUUUUUAUAGAUAAAAGAUAAUUAGAUCUUAAUUGUUUACAGCCAUUAUUAGUUUUCUAACAAACUUAUAAAUCGAACUGUAAAUGAUACGUUUUUAGCUCAUUUUGUCUUCAUGAGUUGAAAAGAGAGUGACAUUGGCAGGGUUUAGAUCAGCAGUUAUCAACUUAUGGUCCAUAUGCCAGGGGUCGAUAGAGAACUUCAAAAGUUUUUUAAAUUUUUGUAUUGUAACAUUUUUACCUUAUUAGUAAUAUUGUACCAUCGUUCCUUUUUAAAAUUUAUAAAUUAUUUCCUGGGAUCGGGCUCUUUUCCUAAAAUCACCUUACUGUGGCUAUACUACAGCUGCAUCAACAAAAUUAUUAUUCAUUCGAUAGAUGUCAGCCAUGAAUGAUAAGUAAAAAUAAAGCUACAAAUUAUAAAAGAUGGAUGUGUCAAAUGUUAUCAGGGGGGUCAGGGCACUAAACAGGUUGAGAACCACUGGCUCAGAACUGCAACUGAUAAAUUUUUAAUCUCAGCACAAACAAAUUGAUCUUAGUACCUUUGGAUCUAAGAUAAAAAAAUUUGUUGAAAUAAUCAAUUCACAGACCAAGAAAUAUGCAGAUGUCAUUAUACCCAGAGGUGCAGAUAAUGUUGGUAUGUUGAUUCAAUGAUACAUGCAACUAAGUGGUGCACAUAAUAUAUGCUUCUCUGUCAUGUUAGAGGGCAGAUCAUUUGGGCUCAUGGACUUUUUGGCUUAAGAUUUUAAAAUUAUGGACAUUUUAAUUCUAAUAAAGGCUUUGUCGAUGAUUUUUAGUAUAAUUUUUUUCUUUUUCUACACUUUAUUUAAAGCAAUUUUUUUAAAAAAUCUGUUAAAGCUUUGAUUAUGGUAAAUCAAAUAUUUUUUUAUAUUGGCAAUUUUUAUAGAAGUCUUAAUCUUCAAAAUUAUGUUUUUUUUCCUUGGACAGUUGCUAUAGAUUUAAUAGUCCAACACAUCCAGGAGCUGAUGCGGCCCAACAGGACAAGCAGAAGGCAGAGGAACAACUCUGACUCCUUUGUUGGUCGGCCUCACUGAGAUUUCUUUGCGAUGCGUCAGUACUGUACAUAUCGGCUGAAAACAUUAGUCUUUGUGCCAUAAACAGAGUUCGACUUAUGGUAUCUCUUAAUGUGCUGUAAGUAGAGUUAUAGGCAUUGCUGCAGUUGAUCAGCUGUUGCUGUAAAUGAUCCGAAGACAUUUUAGUUGUUUUUUUUUUAAGGACUGGAAGUUGUAGGCAUGAUCUUUUCUAGUCUUUUUUUAUUUCAAUAAUUUCACUAAUUUUUUUAAAUUGUAUUCAGAAUCAAAUUAAUGCAUUUUAUUCUGACUUGAGCCAAAUAGAUUUGUCUAUGCAGCCCUAAUUGCUAAAAAAUGUGUUGACAUGCCUACUCAUGAUAGUUGAGAUGAUGGAUUAGAUGAUACUUAAGUUGCAAUCUUUAAACUAAUAAAUGACAUUUAAAGUGUGUAGGUGUUUGUUAUUUAGUAUGGGAAUUUUUUUUAUUUCCCAUCCAGGUGAUUGUAAAUCUGUAGCAAAAUGCUACUUUUACCUAUUUAUUCACUUAAAAAAAGACUAACAUAAUAUUACAUCCAAUGCUGAGAUAAGCUUCAAAUAUUGAAGUGCUGCCACUGUCUCUCUCUUCUGUUCACAAAUAAUUUUGAGCUGUGUAAUUGAAUUCCAUAGUCAGAUAAUGUGAUUUUUUUUUUCUUUUUACCACACUUGGCAUCAUUGACUUGGUAUCAAUUGAUAAUGGCCGCAUUUUGUCUAUUGAUGAGAAAGACAAAAUGUAAUUGAAUGAGAUGUAUCAAAUAUUUGUUUCUUUCUUAAUUCUGUAGUAAGAUAACAGUUCAAUUAAAACAGCUUGUUCUUCUGAUUACACUUUGCAAUCUAUUGGAUCUACAUAAAAUGCAACAUUGCAUGUAUUAAAUAUGUUAGAAAUUGAUUUUGUUUUCAUAUAUUUUUAAAGGAAUAUUAUGGUUUGUAUUAAUGUGAAAAAUGAUGAUUACAAUUACGUUCACAUACUUUGACUUUGAGCCAGCUCAUCCGCCCAAUCAAAGGCUGUGAACAGGAUGCAGUGAACCUCAAGCAUUGAAACAAAUGCCCAUUUUUAAAGUGUUCUACAAUGUACGGAUGCUCUCAGUGGUUCAGGAGGGGGGUCUUCACGUGCAGUUUUUUCAAUUCUUUCACCGUUUUGUUCAUGACAAGUCCCUAUCAACACUUGUGUUUGAUUUGAGGACACAUUUUAAAUCAUCAGUUGUACCGUACACCCCACCUUUCACAAUUGUGGGUCCUAACUACAACUUAAUCUAAAUAUAGCCAUCAGCGUCAGUGUUUCAAAGUUUUAAAUUCACCUUGCUUUGGUAAUAGUAAAUUCUACUGUCAUUAUUUGGAUCUUGUAGAAACUUCAUCCUUGAAAAUGGCAGAAUGAGACUUGUUGGAAAAAUCAAAUAUUGCCCAGUGCACUUCAAAGUGCAAGAGGGUCAAACAAUCUCUUUCCUUGAUAUUUAAUCCAACAUAACAUAUCAUAAUAAGGCUGUGGAGAUUUAACAAUGAUAAGGUCAUACAAGAGGGGCAUUUUAUUUUUCAUUGUUGACUGAUAAAAGUAAAAGCCAUCGCAAAUUAUUUUAACUACUGACAUUUUACAGCUCUAAUUCUGGCCCUGAAAUGACUCCACUGCUAUAAUCAGCACCCUGGGGGGUAUCAAAUAUGUGUGUGGUAAUAUCAGCACCCUGGGUGAUACCAAAUAUGUGUGUGGUAAUAUCAGCUUCCCUGGGUGAUACCAAAUAUGUGUGUAGUAAUAUCAGCACCCUGGGUGAUGUCAAAUAUUUGUGUGGUAAUAUUAGAUUUAAUACUUUCAUUUUUUCUAAAAACAUUUUAUUAUGAUGUUAUAUUAGUUUUAAUAUAUUUUAGAGCAAUGAUUACAAAUAAUACAAAGAAAAUUUUUGAAGAUAAGAAAUACCUGGUACAAAUAUAAAAGUAACCAAAAUAGUACAACUCAUGAAAGAAAAAUUAAUUGAAAGAAAAUUUAAGUUCUGUUCAAAAUAUCAUCUUAUAUUAUACAGGCACAUGUUCCAAAUAUCAUGGUGUACAGGCACAUGUUCCAAAUAUCAUCUUAUGCAGGCACAUGUUCCAAAUAUCAUGGUGUACAGGUACAUGUUCAAAAUAUCAUGGUGUACAGGCACAUGUUCCAAAUAUCAUCUUAUACAGGCACAUGUUCCAAAUAUCAUGGUAUACAGGCACAUGUUCAAAAUAUCAUGGUAUACAGGCACAUGUUCAAAAUAUCAUGGUGUACAGGUAUAUUUUCAAAUUAUUGUGAUGGCUUUCUAUUUGGGACAUUUCUUGAAAGUAAAAUAUUGAAAGAUUACUGCAAAUAGUGGAAGGCUCUGGAGUAUUUAAAAAAAUCCUUUAUAUAACUUGAUUUUUUUUAAAUGUAAUUUUUUUUUAUAUGGCAGAUAAAAAUAAAGAAAAGUGUCACAAAAUAUUUUUCGUCCUGCAUUUCAAAAAUUAAAAUCAAUUUUUUUUACACAUUUUUUGUUGCAAUAAUAUUGCUCUUACUAAGCGACAUUUAAGGUUUGUCAUUUCAUACCUAAUUUUAUACUCCACAGCAAUGGCUUGAAAUCAUUUUUAAUCAUGUUUCUUGUGUGAAGUUCAUUUGCUCUCUGCAUCACAUUGUUUGCAUGCUGAGUGACAAACCUUUCUCUGCCCUCAUCAUAAGCAUUAAAGAAACCCCCAAACUUAAUUGUUAUGUUAAUUGUAUGUCCAUUGAUCUGAUUAGAUGUUUAUGUAUUUAGAUAUGUGCACAAUAAAUAAAUCUUGGUCCGUAUUACGCUGUAGGUUGUGAGGUUACUUUUACAGCCAAAUUAAAAGAUUUGAAUAGAAAGGGUUAAUCUUUGAACUAAGAGUCCUAGUCAUAGACAUUACUCUAACCGUAAGUCAAACAUGGGCAAUAUCAAAAGUGGAUUUUUGGUGGCAUUAAGCAGCUAGAAAUUAGUUGUUUUUUUCUACUAGUAAGCUCAUUAGUCAUAGAAAUAAUUUAGCCGAGUAACAAUCAAGAUAACUUGAUUAAAAAGCAAGGUAAUUUCAUAACAUGAACAACUUUAAUGAACACAAUUUUUAAAGGAAUCAUUUAGCAAUAUAGUUACACUUUCAGCUACCGGUACCAUGAAUGAAAGUAUGUGAAAUUACGAGGUGCAGGUAACAACUGACGUACUUUGAAAGCAGAGGUGCUUCUACGGCCAGGGUGAAGGGUACUGAUGUUAUUGUCAUUUAACAAAAUAUUUGAUUGAUAUAGGGUCUUGUAAAAGUCAAAUUAUAUCUCAAAAGUAAAAAAAUACAGAUGUAAGUGGAAUGCAAAACUUCUUGUGACAUCAACUAUCAAAGAAAUGCCGAUCAUGCCUGUUAAUAUCAUUCUUUGGUGGAGACGGCUUGAAAUGGACCCAUAGCAAUUAAUCAUUAAUUUUUUUGUUCUUAUUUGUUCAUCCACUAUUUACAAUCUGGC